CUGUGCUCUUGUGUAGAUAGCGAGCCUGGGUUCAGUUUAGUGUGUUGCGAGUGAGAUGGACCGAGGGCGCUCUUCCGAUUAGCGAAGCCUCAGCCUGAGCAACUCCAUACACCCAGAAGUACUGAAAUAAUAGCUUAGAUCGGGUCGCCUGAAGACAAAAAAGAAAAGCAAAUAAGCUGUCCAUCUUUCGCCUCCACUUCACACACCCUAACACGGCAUUGAUGGUAAUGCAUGCAAGGAAACAACCGAGACUCAGUGAUGGGUGCAACGACCGAAGGGAUUCUCAACCCUAUCAGACUCUUAAAUACCCAUCAAAGAGUCACCCGGGCAGUGAUCACCGCCAUGAGAAGAUGCGGGACAAUUCAGACCCCAGUCCACCUUGCAAAAUGCUUCGGCGGUCUGACAGUCCCGAGAACAAGCACAGCGACAGCACCGGCCACAGCAAGGCGAAAGCAGUCCACACGCAUCGGCUCAGAGAGAGAGAUGGAGGGACCAGUUAUUCACCACAAGAAAACUCACACAAUCACAGCACUCUUCAUAGCUCAAAUUCACAUUCUAAUCCAAGCAGAACUUCAGAGGCACCUUACGAACCUGCCGACGACUGGUCUGAACACAUCAGCUCCUCUGGGAAGAAGUACUACUAUAACUGCAGGACAGAGGUGUCUCAGUGGGAGAAGCCCAAAGAGCUGCUGGAGAGGGAGCAGAGGCAGAAGGAGGCUACCAAGGUGGCGGUGGUCAACAGCUUCCCCAAAGACCGGGAUUACCGGCGAGAGGCCAUGCAGGCGACAAGCGCCAGCGGCUUCCCGAGCGCGAAAUGCACUCCGGUGGAUAAGCCAGCCCCCCAUUCCGGCACCUCCCAGUCGUCGUCGUCGUCGUCGUCAUCCGCCAGCGCGGGGCUGAACCCCUGCGGCACGCCGGGCUCGGUGGCCUCCACGGUGCCCGUGUCCCCCGUCCUCCAGUCCCCGGCCCCGCCCCUGCUGCAGGACCCCAACCUGCUGCGGCAGCUGCUCCCGGCGCUGCAGGCCACCCUGCAGCUCAACAACGCCAGCGUGGACAUGUCCAAAAUCAACGAAGUUCUCACAGCUGCUGUCACACAAGCUUCAUUACAGUCUAUGCUUCAUAAGAUUCUCACAGCUGGACCAUCUGCUUUCAACAUCACUACUUUGCUUUCCCAAGCUGCUCAGCUGUCUACUCAAGCCCAACAGUCCAAUCAGUCCCCGAUGUCAUUAACGUCAGACGCCUCGUCACCGCGGUCCUACGUGUCACCCAGAAUAAGCACGCCGCAGACGAACGCGGCGCCCCAGAAGUCUCUCAACACGCCGCCCGUGUCGUCACAGACAAAGGUUAGCACACCGGUGGUGAAAGCAGGACCAGUUUUACAGCCCAUACCUCAGCAGCCCGUCCCUGCUGAGAAACCACACGAGCACGACUCUCCACGACUUCAGCGACAAAGCAGCAGCCAGAGGAGUCCCUCACCAGGUCCAAAUCACAUCGCCUCCAGCAGCAGCAGCAGCAACAGCAGCUCGACUCCCGCCACGGCUUCCGUGCCCCCCGGCGCCCCCUCCAGGCCCACGUGCGCACUCACGCCCACACUCGCGUCACACUUCAACGAGAACCUCAUCAAGCACGUGCAAGGCUGGCCCGCCGAGCACGUGGAGAAGCAGGCCUCAAGGUUACGUGAGGAAGCCCACAACAUGGGGAGCAUUUAUAUGUCCGAAAUUUGUACAGAACUGAAAAACUUAAGGUCCUUAGUCCGCGUGUGUGAAAUUCAGGCAACACUGCGGGAGCAGAGGAUACUGUUUUUGAGACAGCAAAUUAAAGAACUCGACAAGUUGAAGAAUCAGAAUUCAUUCAUGGUCUGAGAACUAAGAGGAAGACCGAUCGCACACGGUUUGGAACCCAAGAACUGAUGUUCUGUGCCCAGUCUUAACACUUUUGAGCUGCGGUUGAGUAGGCUUUGGACCGUUGGGCUGGGCAGAGAAAGGGAGACGAGGGCGGGAAGGAGGCGUCGGCGAAGGGUCACGUGACUUGCAAAGCCCUCGGGAGUGUAGAUUUCUUGUAGAUGUAUCCAUGUUGUAAAUACAUUUUUGUAGAGUGAAGCCAUGGAAAGCCAUGCCUAUCUGAGCUUUGACAUCCAAACUAAUCAAUGCCUAAAUACUGGCUAAGUAUGUUAGCCCUCUCCACAUGUUAACUCGUCCACAGACCUUAGCUUACGUGAACAGGUGGGUGACCCGCUGCCUCGGGCGUGUGACAUAAGAUCCGCAGUGAAGCGGAGGGUCCGGUGCGCUGAGACUCCUGUAAGGAUUGUUGGGGGUUUUUUAAAUAUUCCAUGAGUACCCAGUGAAGGUUUAGGCACAAUCCAGAUAGGGGUCCCCAUCCAGACGCGAGGCUGUCGGUGCAGAGGCACCCCCACCCCCCACCCCUCCCUCCCCCUUUUCAAUGGUCUGUCACGUCUGGCCGCCGUGGACCAGAGGUCCGCCUCACUCAGCGAUGCUGUGUUCCCUCGAGAUCUCUCCAGUGCCUGGGGGCUGGUGUCAGACCCCUCCGCAGCACCACAGAACAAGUGCGGUCUGAGAGCGCCCCAACCGUCUCCCCCACCCCCCUCCCACCCCCUCCACUCCGCAGGGUAACGCACAGUGCCGACUCCCCCCCAGGGAAAGGAAGCGCACUGUUGCCCUCUUAAAAAAAACCCUUGCUUUCUUUCCAAUAUUUCCAACUGUUUUUUUUUUUUCUCCUUCCAUUUCACAACUGUACUUCAAAGUAAAAAACUAAAAAAUGCUUACUAGAUGAUUCUCAAGGCACUUUGGGUCCGCCAAGACUUCAUUCCUCUGUACAGUUGCUCAAGUAAUAAGGAGGUUUAAAAAAAAAACCAAACAGAUUUUAUUAAAAGUUGCAGUGAAUACUAGUAUAUCAGAACUGUUGUAUACAUGAUUUAUCGCUACACAUGUUUUCUUUUGCACCCUGUAUGACGGAAUGACAGCGCCACCGGAAGCUAACACUGCGAAGCAUCGCUGUGGAGUCCGGUCGACCACCAAUCGCACACGGCAGGACUGGGGCAUGGGGAAAAAAAAAAAAAACACAAGGUCAAAUGUGAAAUGUAUGUAUUGUAAUAAA